GUCAUGGAAAUGGCUGCCUCUUCAUCAUCCUCCUCAGCUGGUGGCGUCAGUGGAAGUUCUGUCACUGGAUGGGGUUUCAGUGUCUCAGACCUUGCCCCACCAGGGAAAGCACUUUUCACCGACCCCAAAGGAGCCGGAGAGAUGUUAGAAGAGGGCUCUGAGGGAUUCCUCUGCGAAUCUGUGUUCAGCUAUCAAGUGGCAGCCACACUUAAACAGGUGAAACAUGAUCAACAAGUUGCUCGGAUGGAAAAACUAGCUGGUUUGGUAGAAGAGCUAGAAGCCAACCAGUGGCGGUUUAAGCCCAUCCAGCAGCUGCUGGGGUUCACACCCUCUUCAGGUUGAUGCUGUCUGGACGGUCACCUCUGGUGGCAAAUGCAGAGCCAAAAGGGACUUUCUCUCAGCUUACAUAGCCAUCCAGAGAUUCAUAGUACGUCACUGAAUUGUUAAUCCACAUUUGUAUUUGGUUUCUCUGUAUCUGUCCACAGAUAACGAAUAUUUAAACAUGU